UCCAUUGCCUUGCAACCCUGGUUGACAGACUGCGAAAAAUUCGGGGAGCAUUUUCUAGGCCGCAAUAAUUGUGUUGAAAAGCGUCGAGAAGCGUGUGAAUCAAAGAGCCGAGGGCCCAACGAUUAGGUGACUCCGGGUAAACAGAAGUCGGAAUGGACUAUCGCCAACUGAAAAACGACGCUUACGGCAUUGGCCAGCGGCGUGGAAGUGGAAUGGGAAACUCCGGAGGUGGAGGCGGUGGCGGUGGAGGGGGAAUGUAUUCCUCAAACUUCGGUGGUAGCUACAACAGCAACUACAACGCCAACAACAACUACCCGCGUUCCGCAGACGAUCGCUCCGGCUUUAAUCCAAACAAUCAGCGUUUCGGCGGCAAUUCAGGCGAUGAUUUCCAAGACAAUUUCCGGGGUCAACCAUCUAACUUUGGAACAUCCAACAGAGGACAAUCCAAUUUGGGCAACCUAGCGCGUUUGCUGGAACUGGAGUCCCCACAGAAUUUCGUAAACCGCAAUGCCGGAAACUCCGGAAAUUUCAACUCGGAUAUGCGCAUUUCGGAGAUCAAUUAUCGCGGUCCGCAGUCGCAAAACAACAGCGAUAGAUUCUUCAACGACGAGCCCAGGAAUCAGGGUUCAUUCGGCAACUUUGGUCCCAACGACGGACCCUCAUUUGGCGGAAAUAAUGGACCUUCUUUUGAUCCAAACAAUGGGCCUUCUUUUGGCGGCAAUAAUGGUCCUUCUUUUGGAGGAAACAAUGGCCCUUCUUUUGGAGGAAACAAUGGCCCUUCUUUUGGAGGAAACGAUGGCCCUUCCUUUGGAGGAAAUAAUCCACGCAACUCGGGCAACUUUAACAAUGACAAUUUCCCAGGAAGAGGACCAAACUUUGAUGACCAGCGUUCUGGUUUCAGUGAUUCCUACGGACGAGGUGGACAACAAGGCAAUUUUGGACAGAACUCGGGCAACUUCGGUAACAACUCGGGCAAUUUUGGGGACAACAGUCGCGACAUAGGCAACUUCAACAAUCGAGGACCAGGAGUCGGAGGACCAGGAGUACCGGGCUUCAGUAGCAGCAAUUCUGGAGGCGGCUUCAGCAACAACAUCAGUCGCACGUUCAACGACUCUCGCAACAACUGGAACAGCUCGCAGGCGCAAUCGCAAUCGCAAUCCUCUUCGUUCCAGAGCUCUGGCUAUCGGUCGAACAGUGGUGGAGGAGGGGCAGGAGGUGGCGGAGGCGGCGGAGGAGGUGGAGGAGGAGCCAGUAGCUCCGGCUGGGAGGCCAGCCAGCGCGCCUUCAACUCCAAGCGCAACCAGCUUCAAAAGAUGAACCUGAACAACGGUGGGGCUGUUCGCAAGCCGGGACCCCAGCCCGCCGCCAAGGCAGUGCAGAACUUGCGGAACAACCCACGGACGGCUGCUGCAAUCGUCACUGCCACGGGCAGGAACAAUGUGCUUAACAACAGGAACAACCAGCCAAACAAGCCCGGCAAUAUACGCCCGGGCAAUGCAGUUGUAGUCCAGAAGAAACCGCCCAAUGCACCACCCAAUCAGUAUAAGGUCAACAACUUAGCUCCUAAGCCGAAAACAGCUGUGGUAAACAACAAAAAGCCACUGGUGGCAGGACAAGCCCAGACAGCCAAAACUGGACCUCAGGCUGUAAAAACUGGACCGCAGGCUCAGAAGAAAGGAACACAACCACAGAAGACGGGACCACAGGCUGUAAGGACUGGCCAGCCCCCCGUAAAAGGUGGCCCACAGACAGGCAAACCUGCCGGAGUGGCAUAUAGGCCACCAAACGCCACUGGAUUUCCUGUACAAGUCGGCCAGAAGCGCGUCGCUCCCGCUCCCCCGCUGGAAACUGAGGCUGCUUCCAAGUCGGUCAAGAAGUGGCGCCGUGUGGCACGCAAACGCGGCUUCCUAAUGGGUGGAUUCAAGAUUCCUUAUCUAAACGACCAGCCGAAGAAGAUUCCGCAACCAGAGGCCGACUCGUAUGCCUUGUCCUUCUUCGAGCAGAUUUUCAAUUACAGUACAAACCAGAACGCCACCGAGGAGGACUUCUUGGAAGCUGCCGUAGUGCUCAAUGAGGAUUCGGAGGACGAGUCGGUGGCCGAUGAUGCCAAGUCGGCACGCAAGAUCGCAAAGCGCAAUAGGAAGCGCCUGAGGGCCGAGUGGGCACCGCUGCACGAAUCGAAGAAAUACAAGGACUGGGCCAACUGGUGGAAGGACUACAAAAAUGUAGGCGAGGAGAUCGACAAGCAGCUGUUGGAAUGUGGCAACCUCAAUCUCGAGCACUGCUUUUUGCCCAAUCUGCCCAAGCUCACCACGGAGCAGGUGGUCUAUGCAAUCAUCAAGUCCGCUCACUUUGGACUCGAGAAGAACGCGGAUGUGCCGUACGACACCCUAAAGACUAUAUUUACGUUGAUGAACCGCACCUUUCUGGAUAACCUCACAGACCUCAACAUGGUGGAGAUCCAGGACAUCAUUCGCGGCAUACCCAACGAGCUCUGGGUAUAUAAGAUGCGCAGCAUGGUCUAUCUGUGGGCCAAGUAUAAGUCCAUCUCCGAUUCCAAAUCCACCGCCGAGGAGGACGUCAAGGACCAGCAGGCCAUUGCCCGCGAGUGGAAGAGUCCCUGCUUUCACUGGUUGUCCAAGCAGGCUUUUGACGAACUUGUGGCAAUCAGUGAAACAGAAUAUAAGGACCACCGCAGCAUCUUUCCGGCUUUAGAGUAAAAAACACUCAGAUAAUUUUAAAGGCACAGACCUUAUCUCUUCUUAACAUCCAGACCUACACAAGUCUUUUAGCGAACGAAAAGUAGGUUCUUUUUCAGGACUCUUUUAUGAAUUAUAUGAUAACGUAUCUAGAAUGUAUUAAAGACCUUUACUAAACACAUUAUGAAGAAUCAUCCUGACUAUAUGAAGUCUGUAAUUAGAUCAGAAUGCUUAAACAAAUAAAGAACUUUCCCACAAUAAAUAUGAUCAGAAAUGUUCUUCCCACUAGGAAGUCAAUAGCAAUUGUAUCAUGUAUCUCCAAAACACAAGAGUGGUUUGAUUUUUGGUAAGCAUAACAUUUUAUAUGACGCUAGAAGAAUCCUAUUUAUAAAAAACUAGCAAGUAAUUGAAAUGAAUAAAAAAUAAAUAACCGCCCCA